AUGCGGAGAAGAGAAUACGCAACUGAAGUGGACAUUUCCAGCCGCCUCAACAUGAACCUGGGUCUGGGCAUUGCGUUCUUCCAGGGGCUCUCCAACAUGGCUCUCAACAGUAUUGUGCUCGGCACCAUCUUUGUAGGCGGCUCCCUCAUGGCCGGACAAGAGAUGACGCCCGGCGACCUCAUGUCAUUUUUGGUGUCCUCCCAGACGGUACAACGCUCCAUGACCAGCAUGACGGUGCUCUUUGGACAGGUCUUACGGGGCAUGAGUGCCGGGGCUCGCGUGUUUCAGUUCAUGAACAUGACGCCGGAGACCCCUCUGUGCGAGAGACAAAUGCUCACCUGCAGCAUGCUGAACGGGCAUCUCGAGUUCCGGGAUGUGACCUUCAGUUAUCCCACCCGGCCGGGCUACAAAGUCCUGGAGAACUUCAACCUCUCCAUCCCCGCGAACAAGAUGGUGGCCAUCGUGGGGCAAUCCGGCGGCGGGAAGUCCACCGUGGCGGCUCUGUUGGAGCGCUUCUACGAACCCACCAAGGGGACCAUCUUUCUGGACGGGCGGGAUAUUUGCACCCUGGAUGCUUCUUGGCUCCGGGGAGAAGUCAUCGGCUUCAUUAACCAGGAGCCGGUGCUGUUCAGCACCACCAUCAUGGAGAACAUCCGUUUCGGCAAGCCCUGCGCCUCAGAUUCGGAGAUUUACGCGGCUGCCCGGCUGGCCAACGCCGAUGAGUUUAUCCGCAGCUUUCCAGAUGGAUACAACACGACUGUGG